AAUAUUAUAUGACGCCAGUAUCGAAACCGCCUUUCAAAAGGUUUUAACUGCUCUGUUUAAAUUUUUAAAGAUCGACUGCUUCAUAGAAAUAUGAGGCUGAAUCGACUAUUCUACUUCAUAUUCAUUUUAUAUUGUAUCGAACGUUACAAAUGUGGUGUUUCUUGUACCAAAGUCGAUGAUGUGAAGCCACUUAUUGGAAUAGAACAAAAGGAAUUUGAUACGCACAAUGACGAGACAGAUUCCGAGCUCAAAGUACGUUCCCAAAGACAACUACAAAAAAUUAAUUUUAAUACCGAUGCUAAUGGCUUUAUAAAAGAUGAUCGAGCUUCGCGUCAUUUAUUAGGAUCUAGACGUCAUCUAAGACUGGGUGAUGCAAAUCAAAUAGCAAAUUACUUCCUCACUGGGGGGCCCUUAAAAGGUCAUGCUCAUUUUGUAGGAGCAUCGAACUGUGAUUCAAAUAAUGAUGAAAGUAAUGAUGAAGAUAAUGUUGGAAUGAGUAAUCCGACAAAUGAGAAUGAUUCAAAUCAAUCUGCGAACGAAGAAAAUGUAUCUACAAAUUCGACUGAUCCUGUCGUUGGUAUUCCAUUAAUUCCUCGAUUAUUUCCACUACGAAGACCCCAUCUUCCAACCCAGCCACGUUCUUUAUACAGACACAUUCCUGGCAGAUUGAAUUCUCUUUUACAUCCACCUUUACACCAGCUUGCCUUACCACAUAUUCCUGUUAGGCAAAGUUACUUACGUUCAAUUCUUCAUCCUCGUUUGCACCCAUACAUCAAUAGCCUACACACUAUUCCUAACAAUCUAGUUGGAGCCGCGAGAAUACCUAUUCAUAGUUUAGCACAGGCACAUUCUGAUCUUCAUCAACUAUUACUACCGACUUUACCUCCCACACUAUUAAACAAUGUUCAAAGUCCCAUUGAUCCUAAGUUAGGUUCAACACAUUUAAUUAGUCAGUAUCCAACUAUGGUGGGAGCAUCUCCCACUAGCUUCUACAGCAAUCCCUCAGUACCAAGGAUGAUUCAUACUGAUUACCUUCCACAUCUUCAACCUACUGGAUAUAUCGUAAAAUUUGUACCCCAUAACAAUGGAAUGCCAUCAUCUUCAUUUGUUGGUUCGCCGCAGCAACCAUUCCCUACUUCGAUAGAUAAUAAUUCAAGCACAGAUGAAAACACGAUGGAUUCCACUGGCAAUGUAGAGGAAGAUACAAAUGAAAAUCAGGAAGGUGGACUACAGGAUGAAACAAAUGAUUGUAACUAAACCAUAGAAAGGGACUACAGGCUUUGAAAGUAACAUUUCAAAUACAGGUAAAGUGCAAUUAAAUGCACUACCAACAGAAAGACAAGGAAGUCAUAUUUUACAUAGGACACAUUCAAAGCUUCAAAGGACAAAUGGCACAGGCUGGCGUUAAACACUUAAGAGCUGUAUUAAAUAAUAGUCUGGAUAUACAGAAUUGUAUAUGGUCAUACAGUAUUCGGUUUGAAACUGUUUGUUAGUUACUUUAUACAAAGUGUAAUACAAUUAAUUUUUGUACAUGAGAAUAAUUCUCAUUUCAAUAUUAAAAUAUAUACGUAAUUAGAAAAUAGUUGUAAACUCUA